CUUUCUCUCUCUCCUCCUUUAACCGCUUCCUAUGUUCCCUUUGCAGUAAAGAUCAGAGUCGUGCUCCUCCGUCUGUUGGUCAGGGCCUCCACUGGCUCCUGUUUUCUUAGGAGAGGCUUUGUUUGAAGCUUUUUCUACCUCAUUGUGUCUCAGCAGAAAUAAGACUUGCCACCACAGAAGAAAAGGAGCUCCUGCUCACUUUGACCACAUUAAGUUCCUGUCAUCUUUGAAGACCUUUUCCAGCGCCUGUCUCCUUCUUUAUCUUGGCUCUCUGUGCUGAAUCCAGAGAGCAGGACAGACUUUUUGAUAUCAUGUCUCAGAAGACGCAGGCUGACGGCGCUCAGAAACACUUCGCUGUGGGUCGGGGGCUCCUGGCCGCUGCAGAAACCUUGAACUUCAACAUGAAUGAGCAGCGUCCCAACAGACCAGUGGGGGUGGGGGUGGGCAUGGAGGGCCUGGACGGCAGCGGGCAGAUGCCCCAAUGUGGCGGCAGCACUAGCAAUCUUGGCAGCACAAUGAAGCUGUUUGCCAGUUUGGGGCUGUCGCCCUCUGACCUGGACGCUCUGGCUGAAAUCCCUGAGGAGGAGAUCAGUGUGGAGACGCUGCCACACAUCCUCAGACAGCUGAAGAGUCGCAAGGGGGAAGCAGGAGAGCGGCGGGCGGCCAUGUCCUCUGAUGCUGCGUAUCGAGGAGGAAGCUGGGAAGAGGGGCACGUGGGGAGGAUGGGCGUUUCUUCUCUGGGACAAGGUUCAGCCAAGUCCUCCACAGACUUUGGGUACAGCUCCCUGCAGGACGUCUCCUCCAGCCGGGGCUACGGCUUAAAUUACAGCGGUGGAGGUGGAGGUGGGAGCAGAGAGAGGCCAUACUCUGAGCUUUCCCACCGCAGUGGGCUCGGCAUGGGCCCGUCUGAGCCCGUCUUUAUGCAGAGGAGGAUGGGCUCCCCGUCAAACGGAAAAGUCCAAGACUUCUUGGGAGUCAUGCCCCCCAUGUUCCCCCACGUGUGCUCUCUUUGUGACUUUGACGUUCAUUCCACCAUGGAGUGGAACCAACACGUUAACGGACUCCGCCAUGCUGAAAAAAGACGGCAGCUUCUGGACAUGUAUCCAGAGUGGGACCCUGGUAUGGGCCCAGGCAGAGGUGGUCGUCCCUGGGAGACCCCCAACCUGUCUGCAGGACUGCUGGGACCAGCCCCCAUGUCUUCAGGACCAAUGGCAGGGAUGUCCUCGAGCUGGGGUGGAGGUGGAGGACGUGGUUCCGGUCCAUUGGGACAGAAUAAGCUGAGGAGCAGGGUGGUGGUGGUGAAAUAUGACAGGAAGCCUCUCAGCGACAAGACCCUGUUCGCCCUCGUUGAGCGCUUCGGCUGCCUGAGGGAGCAUCUCAUCCUCAAGAACAAGGCUUUUCUGGAGAUGAGCACACAUGAAGAAGCUCUGGACGUGGUGAACUACUACCAGCAGCAUCCACCGUCGUCGUACGGCAAACCCGUCACCUUCUACCUGUCCCAGACCCUCAUGUUCAUUGAGAAAGACGAGCAACCAAUGGAUCGACUGACAAAGCGGCCGGUGGACCGACCAGGGGACCAACCGAUGACCCGGCGGGUGGAGCGGCCGAUAGACAAACCUGAGAAAGAGGUCAAAAGUCAAGGCAGCAAGGUGGUCUUCUUCUACCAUCUGCCCCGAGAGGACGAGAAGAAACAGGAGCUGCUGACCCUCGCCGAACGCUUCGGUGUGGUUGAGAAACACCUCUUCUUAACCGACCGGGCGUUUAUUCAGCUGGCAACUGUGGAGGACGCAGAGAUGCUGGUGAAGCAUUACACCCAGAACCCCCUCGUCUUCAAUGGGAGAAUAGUCCGUCUCAACAUCUGCACCAAAUACAAAACCCUCAAUGUGAAGCACAAACAGGGCGGAGGAGACGGUUCGAGCCAGAAGAAUAGCAGAGCCGAGUCCUCCAACUCCAAAACCUCCUCAUCCAGCUCCAGGAGCAGACAGGAAAAUAAGGAAGAGAAGGAGAAGGACAAAGUGAAGAUGGUAACAGAGGAGGAGGACGAGGAUGAGGAAGUGUCAGGAGUGAUGGAAGGAAGGGAGGACGGAGAAGAGCAGCAGGCACCUGAUGGCGAGGAGGAGCAGGAGCAGGCACCUGAUGGCGAGGAGGAGCAGGAGCAGGCACCUGAUGGCGAGGAGGAGGAGGAGCAGGAGCAGGCACCUGAUGGCGAGGAGGAGCAGGAGCAGGCACCUGAUGGCGAGGAGGAGCAGGAGCAGGCACCUGAUGGCGAGGAGGAGCAGGAGCAGGCACCUGAUGGCGAGGAGAAGGAGGAGCAGGCACCUGAUGGCGAGGAGAAGGAGGACGAGCCUAAGGGAGCAGAGUCUGUGAAGGAGACGGUAGAGGAGUCUGAGGAUGCUCGACAGGAGGAGGAGGAGAAGGUUACCGAUGAUGUCACUAAUGACACACCUGGAGACACGGGUGAGGUCAAGCAGGAGGCGGAGUCAGAGCCACAAACAGAAGCGGCAGAAAUAGAAACCUUGGCCAAGGAGCACAAGGGCAAACCGGAGAUGAACAUGGAGGCAGCAGAGAGCUCGGAGGCUCCGGAGGCAGCGGAGGGAGAUCUACCCGAAGAAGAGCAGGACUUCCCAGAGAACAUGGAGGACUUUGUGACGCUGGACGAGCUGGAGGAAGACAACGACGAAGCCCACGGAGAGUCGGACAAUAUCGACAACACGAGGCGAGGGGGUAUGAGGGUGGUGAACAUCGUCGGCUUCAGGCGAGGGUACCAGUACCUCAACGAGCUGCUGAAACUCGCCCAGCCUUUCGGGAAGGUGGUCAAACACCUGGUGCUGGACCUGAGACCCGAGGCAUUCCUUCAGUUCGCCACAGAAGAAGAAGCACGGGCGAUGGCCAACUUCUACAACGGGAACAUCACAGCGUCAGUGUGCGGGCGGACGGUGAAGAUCAGUCACUCCAUGAGCUACCCCACCAUCCAGUCCGGUUCCAGCAAGGUGGUGUACAUCGGGCAGAUCCCCAACAGCAAAUACACGGACGAGGAGGUCCUGAAGCUUGCCGAACCAUACGGGAGGGUCAAGAAGUACUUCCUGAACAGGAUCCGGAGAGAGUGUUUCCUCGAGAUGUAUAAUGCCGAGGACGCAGAGAAGAUGGCUGCCGAUUAUAAAGCGAAGCCACUGAGAUUCAGCGGGAAGCGCCUGACCCUCUACGUGAGCAGGAAGUACAAGCAGCUCAAACACGGCCUUAGAGUGCCGAACACCAAGAAGAGAGCGAGCGAGAGCCCGCCACUAAAAUCCUCCCAUGACAGCGAGGAGCCUCCAGGGAAGAAGCCCAAAGAGGAGGUCAAACCAGAGGAAGAGGAGAAAAAGGAGGAGGAAGUGCAGAGCUGUGAAGUCAGUGGUGAAGAGACGGUGAUGGACGAAAAUUUGGGUGCUGAGAAGCUGAAGGACAGCGAGGACAUGGAGACAUCGACUAAUCAGAAUGAGCAGACAGAGGCUGUUCCUGUCGCUGUGAACAAAGCCAGCACGGCGUCUCUGCCCCUGCCGCUGUACGAUCCCUCCACACCCAUCGGUGUCGAACACGUGAAAGCGGGGUUUUACUGCCGCAUCUGUUUCCUGUUUUACUCCAACGAAGACACGGCGAAGAAGAUGCAUUGCAGCAGCCAAGCUCACUACAACAAGCUGCAGAAACACCUGGAGAAGGAGCAGAGCAAAGCAGAGAAGAAGGCCGACCUGAGAACACCUGAAGCUGAGGAAGAGGCGUGAAUGUCAGAUUUUUUUUUUUUUUAAGGUUUUAAUUUUGUUUCUUUAGCCAUGUGUGAAACACACAUCUGAGUGACUUCCUGCUGCUGCUCUGUGGGCUUAAAGCCUCAAAGACUCUGUUAUUGAUUAGUUAUGUUAUUGAUUAGACAAAAUAAAAUGUUGACCAAACAGUUUUAAAAGUAUAAAAACAUUUUGCCUGUGGAGGUUUUUCCUUUGAUUUUUGAAACAUCUGGUUUUUCAAACUAACAUCUGAACAAUAAAUUAUUUUUUUAAGAGUCAUAGAUGUGAAUAUUUGUUUAACGUCUGAAACGGACUUGACUUUGUUCUUGGUUUCUCAAUAAAAUGUGUUAAAAUUUUGUUAAAAUAGACAUUUUUAUCUUGUAUUUUUAUUUAUUUAGGGUUA